UGUGGACUUUAGUGCUUUGUGCUGUUUUGUGGUGUAAGCGAUGUGGCUCUCAUAUUUAUUUUGUCAUGGUUCAGCGCAAUGUUAGUCCUUGACUCGAAGAGAUAAUCUAUUAUAAAUUGAAAGACCAGUAUUUAUGACAUGAAGGAGAUAUGUUGCGAAGCCGAGCAAAACGUGUUUCGAAAACUGUCAAAGAAUUGGAUGCAUUUCCUAAAGUUCCUGAAUCUUACAUUCAGACAUCACCAGUGGGAGGAACAUUCUCUGUGGUGUCGUGUUGUCUUAUUGUAUGGUUGUUAUAUUCUGAGAUUUCCCACUACCUGGAUGCAAACUUCAGAUUUAGAUUUGUUCCUGAUUCUGACUUCAGCAGUAAACUUAAGAUCAAUGUAGAUCUCACUGUUGCAAUGCCAUGCCAUGUUAUUGGAGCCGAUAUUUUGGACUCGACCGGUCAGAAUGUACUGCAGUUUGGCAGCUUGGAGCAGGAAGACACAUGGUUUGAGUUAUCUCCACAGCAACGGUUACACUUUGAUGGGAUGCGUCAGGUCAAUUCAUAUCUUCGAGAGGAGUUUCAUGCAAUUCAGGAACUUCUGUGGAGGUCAGGCCAGUCUACCCUUUUUGGGGACCUACCUAGAAGAUCUGUGACACCAUCUACUCCAUCAGAUGCCUGUCGUAUAUUUGGGUCCCUCAUUCUCAACAAGGUAGCAGGCAAUUUCCACAUCACGGCUGGUCAUUCAUUAGCUCUUCCUCGGGGCCAUAUACACAUAUCUGCCUUCUUGUCUGAAUCAGACUACAAUUUCACUCAUCGUAUCAACCGAUUCUCAUUUGGAGAUCCUAGUCCUGGUAUUGUGCACCCUCUGGAAGGGGAUGAAAAAGUUACUGACCAAAGUGAGUAAUAUUGAGUUAACCCUUUUCACAUUCAAUUUGAUAUACAAGUCCAUGGAGCUAUCAGCCCAUUUUUUCUGGGUAUUUUAAUUAUAACAUAUUGUCUGCCAUACUCUAUGUGGUGUGUGAUCCACCUGGGAGCACACAUUAGAAACUGCUUAAAGUAGACAAAUUACACAUAGGCUUGUUGUUUGUGAUGUUAUUGUAAACCUGGAAAAGAAAAUUAGAGAUCCACAAUGUAGGUGGUACCUGGAGGAGAAUUCCAAAAUUAUGUGGUGGAAGCCAUAUUACUAAAUAAGAUUUUACUGUGUUAUGCUAUGCUAAAAGGGACUGGUCUUUUUUAAUUUUUUUAUGUUCUACUAUGUUAUGAGCAAAGGUCCAUGGUACAAGGUCUUCCAUGAUCUUGAAAAUGUGGCAGUUCCUCUGGCAUAAAAUUCCCUGCCUCCAAGGAACUAAGGCAUUUAUAACUGUGUUCACAGGAACUCAGCACUGUACCCUGUUCUGAACCAGUUAAAUGCAGAUUACACUUUCACACCUUAUUUCCCAAAGAUACAUUUUAACAUUGACCUUCAGCUUUUGCCUAGAUCACCAGUGAU